CGGAAGCUUUCAUUAAGUACGCAUACGUUGUGGCCCUUGCGGUAGCAGCGGUGUUUCUGCAAUACCUUUUCAAGCCACUCUUUGAUCCCUUGCGAUCCAUCCCAGGACCAUUUCUGGCCCGAUACACUCGGCUAUGGCAACUGAGAAUGUUCAACCGGGGCGACAUACACCGAAGUACGAUUGACCUUCACCGACGUCAUGGCAGCGUCGUAAGGAUCGGACCCAAUCAAUACAGCUUCGUCGACCCCGAGGCUGCUAAGGCUAUCUACGCCAUAAGCACAAACUUCAAGAAGUCAACGUUCUACUUUCCGUGGGGAGACCCGACCGCUGAGCAGCAGAACAUAUUUCAGGUCCAGGACGUGAAGAAGCAUCAAGAAGAUCGACGCAAGAUGGCCCCCAUGUUUUCUCUUACAUCGCUUCUCUCCUAUGAGCCGUACGUUGAUUCCAGCAAUGAGGUCUUGUGCAGACGGCUUCGAGGCUUUGCAGAACGAGAUCAAACAUUUGACCUCAUGCGUUGGAUGCAGUAUUACGCUUUCGAUGUGAUUGGCGAGAUAACCUUCGGUAGGACCUUUGGUAUGAUGAACCGAGGUGCCGAUGUCGCGGGAACACUUGAGACCAUCCACAUGGCUGCUGUGAUACCAGCUCAUUUAGGAAUUAUCCCAGAGCUUACAGGAGCAUUUCAUUAUAUUACCGCCCUCCUCACAAAGGAACAUCCUUUCACGAGUCUAAACAGGUAUUGUGAAGGUGCUACAGAAGCGAGAAAAGCUGGAAAGGCCCCAAGCGAUCGAGAGGACUUUCUGGCCAAGGCUCUAAAAUUGGUUGAUGCAGGCAAGAUGGACGAGAGACUUGCCCAUGUCACCCUGCUUGGAAAUAUCCUUGCGGGCUCUGACACGACUGGUGUCACACUCUCGGCUAUUCUAUAUUAUCUGAUUCGCAAUCCACCUAGUAUGCGAAAACUUCAGCAGGAGCUUGACGAGGCCGCACAAAGCGGUAAAUUGUCGCAACCGGGUACAUUCAGCGAGGCGAGCAAGUUGCCAUAUUUGCAAGCUGUCAUCAAAGAGGGUCUGCGUAUACAUCCGGCGGUUGGCAUGCAAAUGCCACGAGUCAUUCCAGCUGGAGGGAAGGAGCUAGCAGGCCAUUUUUUCGCAGCCAACACUAUCGUCGGCGUCAACGCCUGGGCACUCCAUCGAAACGCCGAUAUUUUCGGUUCAGAUGUGGACGAGUUCCGCCCUGAGCGUUGGUUAGGACUCCGCGAAGACGUCGCCAGAAUGGAGCAAUUCCUGUACUCGUUUGGGAGUGGAUCGCGCUCAUGCCUUGGUAAGCAUGUGAGUCUAUUGGAAAUCAACAAAAUUAUUCCACGGCUUCUCCGUGAGUUUCAAUUCGCUGGGAGGGGCGACAGCGUGUGGACAACCCACAAUCACUGGUUCGUCAAACCUUCGUACCAAUGUCGCGUGAGCGUUCGGAAUCUUUCUGAGUCACGUGCUACUUAGAGUUCUAGCUAUAGGACAUUGGCAGCUAAGACCUAGA